AAAUAUUUUGUUUCAUCUUAUUUUACUUUUUUAUUUAUAAUCCUUUCUUGCAUCUUUUACUGUUUAUUCACCUUUGACUUCCGUCCGCUUCACCACCAACUCUACUUACAUGUUGUCCAUCAUGACAGUUGCUGCACCGCCUGUGGCACCCGUUCACGAAAAUGGUAUUAACGGCAGUGCCCCCGGGCACCACCAUGUCAACAUGAGCCUGCCACGUUUCCACCCAAUCGCAAUGAACCCGAGCCAACCAGUGCAUCCCGAGCAAAUGAUGCCGAAUCAUUCUCAUUUCCGUCCUUUUCCUCCACCUCAUCCUAUGCAAGAAGCGGGCCCACCGGGCCCGGCUCCUCAUCCUCCUUCUCAUAUAGAUCAGAUUGAUGCUCGCUUGAGGCAAUUGGAACAUGAAGAAGCAGCUCGUAUGGCCGCUCGUAGCCACCUUCUUGCUAUUCGAAAGCGGGAAGACGAAGAAUUUCGUAGGAUGACUGAGAGUGCCGAAGCCGAAGAAGAGGAACUUCGUAGGCAACGGAAACGACUGAAGCGAGAAUCUAUGGGAUUGGGGUAUAAUGCAAGCAUGGACUCUCCGCCACUGCGGCCGACGCCGCCACGUCGUUUGUCAGAGACCAAUGCAGCUACCACCCUUGCGUUCUUCAAGCAGCAAAGUCCUCCAGAGCCUCGUCCCAUCCCUCCACCACCUGUACAAGCACCGCCGUCUCAUCCUCCCCCUCAGCAUAUGCCUCAUGACCCCACUGCCGGCACAAUUCGACGAAAGCAAAAAUAUACCAUUAAAAAUGUUGAGGCUUGGGGUGAACGUCACGGACGACCUGCAGCACACGACCCGUCUGGACGCGCGUUGUGGAAGCGACCAUCGGAUGGUAGUUUAGUGUAUCUGACCUGCCCAGUUUCCGGCUGUGGAAAGGCCGACUUUGUGACGCUCCACGGUUUCAUGUGCCACUUGACAAAGAAGCAUAAAGAUCGCAGUCUGGGUAGCCAAUCAAGGGCGUUGGAAGUUUGCGGGAUCGUCUAUGACCCUAAUGCACCCCUUCCGCCGGUAUCGACUGUACCGCGUGCGUCGACCGAAGAAAGUCGCGGGGACUCGGCGCCAACAGACCCUGAAGGUUACCCACAAGAGAUGGACUACUCUUCUGCAUCGGAUGAUGAGGAGAGCCGAAAGAACCCUGUGAAGACAGAGGCGGCAGAUCGGACUUUACCCGUACCGACGGUCCCCUUCCCGCACCCCGAGGAGCCAUCGAAAGCACGAAAGCUCAAUAAUUCUACGAAACAGUCGAUAUCCUCCAUAAUUGAUCGUGAUCCAGAAGAUGAACCCCGGGAGCGUUUAGUUUCUAUCCCCCCUCGCCCAAUCGAGGCCCUAUCGCGAGCCUCACCGGAGCAAAAGCCCUCUAUCCCAAAUGAAACUGAGGUGUCUCGGCCCGAUGAACGAAAUCAGGAACAAAAUGAGUCGAAGGAGACUACCGAGUCAAAAUAAUACAAUCGAUCCUAUUUAUUUUUUUAUAAUACGGUCUGUUGCGCUAUAAAAAAAAAUACGCAGAACUUGCAUUUGCAUCCUACGAGCACGUUUUAGCUUUUGACUCCUUUGCAGCUGCGUGAAUACCCUUCUAUGCAUUCUUGGGUGGCUUUGUCUACUUCAUAUUUCAAUUCUCUUCGAGUAAUGUAAUGUCUUUUCCAUCAUUGCUGGUCAUUCUGUUUUGGGGCGCUGGUCGACUUGCGUCUGUUCGUUUCCUGUGUCAAUUUUGCUUUAACAUAGUGGAUACCUACGAUAUAAACUGAUCUAUAUCUAUGACCCGUGUGACUUUGUGGGGGUCACCAAGAAAAAAAAACCCUGUUGUGGU